CAUUGACAGCGACACUAAAAUAACGAGAGUGCGCAUUGGAAAGUAAUUUUUUAAUUACAUAUUCGUAUUUUGAAUAGUAAACAAUUGAUUUUCUUCAAUCAUUUAUUUUUAGUUCUAAUAAUUAUUAUAAAAAAUGCCUCGCAAACCGUGUUACUGGACACGAAAACUAGAAUUAGAUUUGGUCGAUUUUGUUCACCAAAGAGAAUAUAUAUGGCGGCCUGCUGGAAACACGAAUCAUCAUAUUCAGCAAAAAUACAAAGCUUAUGCUGAAUUUGCAGCGAUAUUGGGACGUGGAUUCACAGCUCGUUCUGUCCGAGAUCGGUGGGUGAACAUUAGGAGUACCUUCAACCAUAACCAUAGAAGAGUUGAACGAUCCAAACUUAAAGCAAAGACUGCUUCAGACAUAUAUGUCCCGUGCUGGCCACUGUGGAAGCCAUUACAGUUUCUCAAAGACGUUUGUAAGAAAGAAGAUGGCAAUUUUGAGUUCUAUGAGUCAACAUCCAGUGACAUGAAACAGCUGACAGAAAAUGUAAACGUUAAAGAGGAACAACAAUCUGAAUUUGAGAAUGACAUGGUUCUUAAUAUCCGUCAGCGAAGCCAACGAACGGACAGACCUCGGCAUAAAACAAGAAUACUCAAUAAAUCAAAUAGAAAAACGAAAUGUAAACAAAUAAUUGAUGACCUUCUGUUAGCUAUGAAGCCUCUAGCAUCGGAUCCAUUAUUGGAACAAAGCUAUUGGUUCUUUGGGAAGCAUGUGACAGAACAACUAAAUAGUAUGAGAAGAAUUGAUGCUGAGAGUGCUGCGAAUGAAAUAGUAAAUCUGUUAAAUGAAUGACAACAAGAUUUCUAAUCUCUGAGGACUUGUUGUGGCUUGGUUACUACAACCUCACGUCACGAUUCGUUGUUUGUUUGUAUCUUGAGGAGGAGCUGUGGUAAACUGACGACAUUUUUUAAGGGUGGAAAAUCAUAAAAUGACUUGGACAAUGAAGCAAGUCGAAAGGAAGUGUCAGACUCUUACUGACUACAAACCACCCUGGUUCCUACUCUUGCUUUUCGUGCCAGAGCCCCGAUAACCCGCAAGGCAGUCCACGGCUGUUUGAUCUGUGGUGGUCUGAUGGCUCUUUGAAGUGCGCACGGAACGCAACGCGUCGUGAUUGAUGAUCUAGAUUGUUGUUUUUAGGUUGUUUAUGUCUGGUUCAUCCAAAAAUAUUGUCUCAGCUGUUGUACAAAAACGAAAUAAUCUACUUACUAAGGAAGUUGGCUUGAAAAUACAAUAAAUUGACUGAAUAGAAUAGCUAAGUUUAUGUAGUAUUAGCUCUUAUUUUGUCAGUGUCUUUUUGACUAGUAUUUUUUUUUAACUUAUAUUCCUGUAACUUGGCAAUCUGUGAAUAUGUCACAAUAGGCUAUUUGGAUGUCGGUUACAUGGCUUUGUAAUAUCAGUAGGAAUAAUAAUUUAUAUUAUUCCCGUCAUUUGCUGUCGAAAGUUUUUGACUAGUAACAUAAAAGUUAUUGUUUGAAAAGAGGUCAAUCAAAGUCUUGGUUAGUGUUGUUAAAAUUCUGUUAUAUUUUCUCGUAAUCUCCGUAAAACAGUUUAAUUCCUGCAUAUGGUGUAUUUUGAGGAGAGUAGCUGGUUUUUUUGGGAGGAGAUUUAAACAUUAGUGAACAUCGUUUUUGACAAUCACUAUUGACAUAGUUACGACAUAGGUAGUAGUAGUCCUUUAAAAACUUUGCCAUUUGGUAUUGAGAAACUGUUUACAUUUAGUGUGUCAAAUAAACGUCGAUUAAAAGGGUCAAGUCGACUAGUUGACUGCAUUCUACUGACAGAUCGCCUCUUGCUGUCAAAUGUUCAGUUACAACCGCAACACUGUGGCUGAACAAUUGAGUUGCCGACUUGACCUUCAUUUUAUUUUAAUUUUUUCGGGAUUAACAUGCUCUUCUGUGAGCUUGUUUAAUAGUCUCAGUUCUCCAUAUGAUUUAUCGGCAUCAUGCACCAUUUUGAAGUAGUCACACUUCACGAUUUUCUCCUUAUUUAAUUAAAGGUACUACCUUUAAUCAAAUGAGGAGUAUCAUAAAGUGGAACUACAAUGUGCCCUUUAAAAUGCAUCACCUCGUGACGACAUUCUUUGUCUUGGCGUAAAUAAGAUGCUCUAGUUUCCACAGCUAGUUCGGUUAUUGCACCGACAUUAACCGGACUCUGAUCACAAACAGUUUUCAGUUCAGUGGUUUGAUGCUGUUCUUAUUAAAUCUUGAAUAUGUAUUUUGCAAGAAGUUGUGAUUAGUAUUAAACAAUGUUUUGAAAAAUCGUAACAUUUUUGGUCUGUACCACUCAACAUAGCGGUGGCUUUAGCAUUUUGCAAUAAAAUGGUUCGGUUAUGUUGUUUGUUGAUGACCUACUUUCUUCAUUGGGUAUGUAAUUAGUAUCUGAACCAUAUUCGCCAUCCCAAUCAUAAUUCUCGAUCAGGAUCCUGGAGGCAUUCCAUCUUCAUAUUCGCUUUCCUUAUUCACACCCUUCAUGAUACACGCCGGUGCACAGUGUGAUUUAUGAAAAUCUAGCGGGACAAAAUUAUUUUGCACCAUUUUUAAGUGUUAUUACGUAGUAAAAUAUAUAUGAAUAAAUAAAAAAUAAUAAUUGAUAUUUUAACAAUAGAAAGUAUUUUCACAACUAUACAUCGAAAAGUAAAUACAAUAACCCUUCUUAAUCAAACAAACUUUUUUGUUGAGCAAUUUGAAAUCUGGUCACGGCUUUUAGGUAAGUGGGUUCUGUAGAUUUCGAAAAACAACUCCUUUUUUUAUAAAGAGGGGGGGGGGAAUGGGGGUUUUGAGGUGGGAAAUUAUUUCCCAGUAUCUGGUAUUUCAAAGCAAAAUAUAAUUAAGUGGGAAAUUAUUUCCCAUUAUCUGGUACA